CCGACGAAUAAAAAUCGCUAGCGUACAGACGCUGACGCGAGUUCUUCGUUACCGACGAUGAGACGAACGCGAAUCGUAUACGGAUAGAAACAUAGAAAGCAAAUAUCGUGGAGAACGCGCUAUUUAGUAAACGACGUUCAGUCGCGUAUCGUAAUCGCGCUGCGAGAGUGAGAAAAGUUUAUCUCGUCGAUAAGAGAAUAAAGUGCGUAUAUGAGCGUAUAAAAAUGGAUAGUGGAGCAGAGCGUCGAUCGAAUAAUCCCGAUCAUCGUUUUCAUCGACACGGUAAAAAAAUGGGUGUUCGUGUAACGGUGGUGAUACUCGCCAUAGGUAUCGCCAUCACACUGUUUGCCUAUACAGCGUUCGCAUCUCCGAGCAGCACCGUCCACGACGCGACAUCCGUGCAACAAGUGAUAUUCGUUUUUCGCCAUGGAGAUCGAAACCCCACGGAAACUUACCCAAAGGAUCCGUAUCUUAACUAUGACUGGCCAGGUGGAUGGGGAUCUCUGACGAAGAAGGGGAUGGUUCAAUUGUACAACGUCGGCCGAUGGAUCCGCGACGUGUACGGUUCGUUAAUUGGCGUCAAGUACAAGAGCAGCUUAUUACUGGCACAAAGCAGCUACGCAGAUCGAUGUAUAAUGUCCGCGCAGACAUUGCUGGCCGGUCUGUAUCCGCCGAGCUCGGAUGAAAUAUUCGUUCCGGGAUUGAAUUGGAGACCAGUUCCGGUCCAUUCCGUUCCGAGAGACUUGGACAAGACUAUCGUGGUCAAGGCCCCCUGUCCACGACUGGAGGAAGCUUUGAAAGAAGCAUACGCGAACGAAUCCGGACGUGUGGGUACCCCGUCGGCCGAUUAUUAUCGACAAAUUUCCGCCCACACCGGACAAAAUAUCGCUACGAUCACCGAAGUUGAGUUUCUCUACAAUACUCUAGAAAUCGAGAAGCAGCACGGCUUGAAAUUGCCCGAGUGGACAGACAAAUUUUUCAACAAAGAAAUGCGUGAAAUCGCGGCCCGUAGUUUGGCCAUAUUUACAAGCAACACGUUACAGCGACGACUUCGCGGAGGGCCGUUACUAAAAGAAAUCUUAGGACGCAUGCAAGCCUCGAAAAGUGGCACAGAUACGAGAAGAGCAUAUCUUUAUUCUGCACAUGACAUAACUCUCGUUAACAUACUGAGAACCAUGGGAUUCACGAGCGAAUAUUUUAAGCCUGAUUACGGCGCGACACUCGUGUUUCAACUGCACGGUGUAACUGACGCUGCAGAGGACGCGGAAGUAAAGCUACUGUAUCUAAACGAUACAAACACGAACACGCCGUACCCUAUGAAAAUACCAAACUGCGGCACGCCUUGUCUACUAGGAAACUUAUCCGAUAUAUGGAAAGACGUGAUUCCCGAUAACUGGGACGACGAGUGUCUACUAUGACGUUUUCCUUUUCUUUGCUUUUCUCUGAUAUCUCGUGCUAGCUCUGUCACGUUUACGUUUCCCUUCGCGACAUCGAUAGCGGUACAAAUAAAGAAAUAUCUGUUUUAUUUGUUUCGGGCAAAUAAGCUUCACAAACACGGCCCUUUUGUCAUGUAAAACGUCGUUCAGAAGCGGUAUAGACGGUUCUUCGUUUACGAGCGGUCGGUUCGUAGACGAACGUUAAAUACGUCCACGAGUCGACGAUAGAUAGACUUAUCUACAAAAUGCGAUGACAAAUGCAUGGCAAAUAUUUAUAUAGGUAAAAUUAACAUGGAAGUUUUCUUAUUAUUCCCUUUUUACAUUGUUUUAUGUAGCGUAUCCAGUAUCUUGAAACGGAACUCGUUCGUAAAUCAAGAAUCACUUUCAUACCGUUCUUUGGAAAUGCAAGUGAAUCUUUGCAAUUAUUCGACUUACGCCACUAUCGAUGCCAACAGGCGAUUUCUACUUAGAAUUCAUUUUUCCGUUUCCCGGAACCGUCCAAUUCGAACAAAAUCAAACGAACGAACGCGUUUAGGUAACUUCAAACGCCACGAAGAACAGUGUUAGCUCCCUCGAAAUCGUUUACAAUUCUCCGUUUCGCAUGGAAAUCGUUCGUGCGUGAAAGCUCGUGCGUCCAAGCUUUCGAUCGAGGAAAGCACGCGGUGCACGCAGGCAGUCUUGGAAAUGAACUAAAUGGCCUUGUCUUUUGCGCGCAGCGAACAGUGCGCGAAGCGCAGCUGUGCACCGCGCACCGUAUCAUACGAAUCAAUUCUAAUUCGAGCGAAGCUGGUUAAGAUUACUAAAUUGGCACAAAAUCGUUUAACCAGGAUGUGUCCGCGUUGCUUACGCAACAAAUGACACUGGAUGUUUUGCAUGUCUCGUUGCGCAAUACGAGAACGAUUAUUACGAGCAGUCUUUCCGUUGAAUUCAAAUACUCGAACGGAUGAUACGCGGGCAUCGAUUAAACGUCAUCAAGUUCGCAACGUAUCGACCGGGAUAUCGUGCCGUUAACCAAUGGUAUUCUUUCGAAUAUCAUUGAAUGUUUGAAUUUGUAACGCAAGUACAGAGUGUCCCAAAAAUGUUGUAACACUUUGAAAUGGGUGGUUCGGGAGGUGAUUUGAAACAACUUUUUCCUUAGCGAAAAUGUUGUCCAAGGCUUCGUUGAGGAGAUAUUAACGGAAAACACUGACCAAUCAGAGCGCGCGUAUACCGUUGGAGCGGCCGUGGUAACGAAGGCUACGAGCUUAGCGGGCGCGCUUGUACGCGAACAAGCGACUCGAUGUACAUCGAAGGACAUUGGACGCGGCCGCUUAGCUCGUAGCCUUCGCUACCGCGGCCGCUCCAACGGUAUCCGCGCGCUCUGAUUGGUCAGUGUUUUCCGUUAAUAUCUCCUCAACGAAGCCUCGGACAACAUUUUCGCUAAGGAAAAAGUUGUUUCAAAUCACCUCCCGAACCACCCAUUUCAAAGUGUUACAACAUUUUUGGGACACCUUGUAUAUUACAUCAAUGGCGUCACUAGGGUUCGCCCUGUGCAGCAACUGGUGGUGUCAGCCCCAUGAACUUCCCGUAUCCUACAUUCUAAAUUGAACUCAAAACUCAAAAAG